AUGGGUAGGGCAGGGGAAGGCGCAAAGAUUAGGAAGGGUAAAGGGGCUACGGAUGACUAUAGGUUGAGAGUAGGGUCGUGGAACAGAGGGUCUUUAUUGGAGAAGUCAUUAAAGCUAGUGAAAAUUCUUAGGAAAAGGCAAACUAAUAUAGUGUAUCUCCAAGAAACCAAAUGGAUAAGUACUAAGGCGAGGGUAGUAGAUGGUUAUAAGUUGUGGUACUCAGGAAGCGUGACAAACAGAAAUGGUGUAGGUAUUCUAGUAGAUGACAAGCUUAGAAAGAAAGUGGUAGAGGUUAAAAGGGUCAAUAAUAGGAUGAUGUCAAUUAAUCUAGUUAUUGGAGGGAGUUGUUGGAAUAUUAUUAGUGGGUAUGCACCGUAUAUAGGCCUAGAUGAUGAAAAUAAGAAGAUAUUAUCGAGAGGAUUUGAAGAGAUAGUGAGGGGUGUACCUAGUAAUAUGAAGCUUUUCAUAGGAGGCGGUUUCAAUGGGCACAUAGGGUCUUAUUCAAGAGGAUAUAGGGAUGUGCAUAGAGGCUAUGGGUUUGGUGUAAGAAAUGUUGAAGGAGUGGCACUUUUGGAUUUUGCUCGGGCAUUUGGAUUGGCGGUAGUCAAUUCGACCUUUACCAAGAAGGAGGUUCACUUGGUUACCUUUUGUAGUUCGGUGUCUAAGACUCAAAUUGACUUCUUGCUCCUCAGGAAAGGAGACAGGGGUAUUUGUAAGGAUUGUAAGGUCUUAUCGAGUGAGAGUCUUUCGACCCAACAUAGGCUUUUGGUGAUGGGCUUGGAUAUCAGAAAGGAGUAG